AUGGCCACAUUUCCGGCUCGCAGAUCCAUACCGGGCCAGCGAGACGAUAUCGCCCACGCCCUAGACAGCCUGGACAUCCAACGUCCCAGUGCUCCCCAGCCCGAAGAUCCCGAAUCCGACGAGGAAGAAUUGGACUUUGAGGCACCGCAGCCAUCGUCUAGUAGGCCUGUUUGGACGGCGCCAACUCCUUCCAAGAAGCAAUUGGCGACUUCCUCCAAGAUCUGCGCAGCGGAGAACAAGGCGUACGGAACCGAUGCCCUCGGGGUCCGAAUAGAGAGUAGGGCAGGGCGAGGGAGGGGGUUAUUCGCUUCGAAGUCAUUCAAGCCUGGCGAUACCGUAUACUCCGUCCAGACUCGCCCGCCCGCCGCUGUCCUGUCCACCUCGAACCUUACCUCUCACUGCUCAGCGUGUUUCCUCUCCGCUAGGGACGCAGCCACUUUGCGGCAGAAAGAGGAAGAACCGCUGAAGCGAUGCUCGGCAUGUCGGGUGAUUCACUACUGCUCUGUGGCCUGUUCAAGGGCAGAUUGGACGCUGCAUAAACCGGAAUGUACGACGUUUCAGUUGCUCCGGAAACGCCACAAGGAGCGGUAUCCUGAUACGAAGGUUGGGAGUCUGGAGUUCUUACCUCAUGAGUUGUCCAGAGCUUUGGGGAGGCUGUUGUGGGCGAAGAAGCGGGCUAUGGAUGCAGGUGUAGCAUGUCCUGCGUGGGACGAAUACUGUCUACUCCAAUCCCAGCUUGAAUCACAGAACGGCCUGAUCUCGAAGACGCAGGACGAGUCGUACCGCCUGGCCUUCUACCUCGGGCUCGCCAUACCCAACGUCCUCGAAGCGGGCGAAGGCACCGCUCUCAGUCUGCUCAUGAAGCACUUUGGGAUUGACGGGAACCCAGAUCUGGAACUGAUGAAGAUGUGGUCCAGAUACCAAACCAACGCGUUCACUCUGGACUCGCCGGACUUGACUGCGCUGGGAGUGGUCAUUGCUCCAGCGCUGGCUAUGGCUAAUCACUCUUGUGAGCCUAAUGCGGUGGUCGUCUUCCCAAGAGGGCAGGGGAUGGGACAGAUGGUCGCUAUACGGCCGAUACAGCCUAAUGAGGAGAUUCUGGUCUGCUAUAUCGACGUCGCCUCGCCCUUCUCUCAGCGUCAAUCGGAGCUCUCGUCGCGGUACGGUUUCACAUGCGACUGCUCCCUGUGCCAGCGGGAACAAGAUGCGAGUUGGGUCGAUCCGAGAUGGUGUCUCCUACAUCCGGGGUGUAAGCUCAGUGGCAAGGGGCGGAUGAUCGACAGUAUCAAGUGGGACACCGUGCCCUCGGAUCUACGGCCUGGGAUGGCGUCAGGAGUAUCGCAGUCAAAGAGCUCCGCUUCGAGCGCAAUACGAUGUUCAGCUUGCGGGGAGACGUACGAGGUUAGAGAGAGGCUGUUGAUGACCGCGUUGUCUCGAGCGAAGAGCUUCUUAAGGAGUGAUGAGGAUGGGUGGCUGUUAAUUCACAACGCCGACACUGCGCCAAUCAUUCAGUCGACCACGACCGUCGCUUCCCAACUCCUCACUCUCUGCCCGCCCUCCAGCUAUCCCCUCAUUCCGCUACACCGCCUCCUUACUCGUCUGCUCACUUCCGACCCGCCCUCAUCCCUCCCCUUACUUGCUGUACCUUUACACCACCUCACCCUCGCCAUUGAAGGCGCUCGGGCCAUAUACGCCUCGCACCACCCAACCCUCGCCGUCCUCCUCGCUCAACGAGCGCGACUACUGGGUCUACAAUUCCCACCCACCGAAGAGGAGAUGGAGAAUGGCAGGAAGCCCGAGAUGGUGCGGCAAGAGAUGCAGCGGAUGGCUGCUGCCAUGGCGGCGUAUCGGGAGGCGGUUACUGCGUGUACGGGUUGUUUUGGGCGGGAUGGGGGCAUUUUGGGAUUGGGACUGCGGGCGGAGAUGGAUGGGCUGGAGAGGGAGAUAGGCGCGAUGCGGUUAGGAAUGGAGGAUGCUCGCACGACGAAGCGAGUAGAGUAA